AUGGGAAACGUGUCCACAGCGAAGGCCUGGAACAGCUCUUCAGUGACCACAUUCAUUCUCCUGGGAUUUGCAGACCUUCCAGAGUUCCAGGGCCUCCUCUUUGUUACCUUCCUGGGCAUCUAUCUUGUGACCCUGACUUGGAACCUGGCCCUCAUCUUUCUGAUCAGAGGUGACAUCCGUCUGCACACACCCAUGUACUUCUUCCUCAGCAACUUGUCCUUCAUUGAUGUCUGCUAUUCUUCUACAGUGGCUCCCAAGAUGCUCGCCGACUUUUUCCAAGAGCUGAAGACCAUAUCAUUCUUGGGGUGUGCUGCUCAGUUUUUUUUCUUCGUCGCUAUGGGUCUAACUGAGUGCUUCCUCCUGAGCGCUAUGGCAUAUGACCGGUACGUAGCCCUCUCCAGGCCCCUGCUCUACACCGCCACCAUGUCCCACGGCCUCUGUACGCGCCUGGUGGUCGGGGCAUACGUCGGCGGCUUCCUGAGUGCCCUGAUCCAGGCCAGCUCUCUAUUUCAGCUCCACUUCUGCGGACCCAAUACCAUCAACCAUUUCUUCUGUGACCUCCCACCUGUCCUGGCACUUUCUUGCUCUGACACCUUCCCCAGUCAGCUGGUGAACUUCCUUGUGGUGGUCACUGUUGGGGGGACCUCAUUCCUCAUCCUCCUCCUCUCCUACAGUUACAUAGUAGCUGCCGUCUUGAAGAUCCGCUCGGGAGAAGGACGGCGGAAAGCCUUCAACACGUGCACCGCGCACCUGACGGUGGUGGCUCUGUUGUUUGGGACAGCCCUUUUCAUGUACCUGCGACCCAGCUCCAGCUACGCGCUUGGCAGGGACAAGGUGGUGUCUGUGUUCUACUCGCUGGUGAUUCCCAUGCUGAACCCUCUCAUCUACAGUUCGAGAAACAGAGAAAUCAAAGAUGCCUUGUGGAAGGUGGUGGAAAAGAAGAAAGUCUUUUCUUAG